CUUGUAUCUCUCUACAUCCCGCCUAUACACCCGAUCGAUCAACAAAUAUCACUUUCAGUCUCAGAUCCAGCUCAAUCAAUCCUUCAAGCUUUGUGCACAGAAAUGGAGAAAAUAUGCGUAGCAGUGAGAGUGAGGCCACCCGUUAAAUCAGACGAGGAUUCCAAUUCCAAUUGCAGUCACUGGAAGGUAGAUGACAACCGUAUUUCUCUGCAUAGGUCUCUAUCCGGCACCCCUCUUCCCCCUGCUCUUUCUUAUGCUUUCGAUCAUGUUUUCGACCAAAAUUGCUCCAAUUCUAGCGUUUAUGACCUCCUUACCAAGGACAUUAUCCAUGCCGUCGUUGAUGGGUUCAAUGGCACUGCGUUUGCUUAUGGACAAACAAGUAGUGGAAAAACGUUUACAAUGAAUGGGUCUGAAAAUGAUCCAGGAAUUAUUCACAGAGCUGUCAAAGAUAUUUUUACCAAGAUUGAAAUGUCAACCGAUAGAGAGUUUCUCAUUCGAGUCUCAUACAUGGAGAUCUAUAACGAAGAAAUCAAUGAUCUUUUUGCUGUUGAGAAUCAGAAACUUCAGAUUCAUGAGAGUUUGGAACGUGGAAUAUUUGUUGCAGGACUCAGGGAGGAGAUUGUUAAUAGUGCUGAGCAAGUUCUAAAGCUCAUUGAAAUGGGAGAAGUUAAUAGGCACUUUGGUGAAACUAAUAUGAAUGUCAGAAGCAGUAGGUCCCACACAAUCUUUAGAAUGGUGAUUGAAAGCAAGGGGAAAGACUCAACUAAUUUGGAUGAUGCUAUCCGUGUUUCUGUCUUGAAUUUGGUAGACUUAGCUGGAUCUGAACGGAUUGCUAAAACUGGAGCUGGUGGAGUUCGGUUGAAAGAAGGAAAACACAUCAACAAGAGUUUAAUGAUUCUUGGAAAUGUCAUCAAUAAAUUGAGUGAAGGCGCAAAACAAAGGGGACAUAUUCCUUAUCGUGAUAGCAAACUCACCCGUAUCCUUCAACCUGCACUUGGUGGCAAUGCAAAAACUUCUAUCAUUUGUACUGUGGCACCAGAGGAGGUUCAUGUAGAGGAAACAAAGGGAACCCUACAGUUUGCAAGUAGAGCUAAACGUAUCACUAAUUGUGUUCAAGUAAAUGAGAUUUUGACGGAUGCUGCGUUAUUGAAGAGACAGAAAAUGGAGAUAGAGGAAUUACGCAUGAAACUUGAGGGAUCUCAUGCGGGGGUGCUGGAGCAAGAAAUCUUGAAAUUGAGAAAUGACAUGCUCAAGUAUGAGCUAGAGCGUGAAAAGCUUGCUAUGGAAUUAGAGGAAGAGAGGAAAUCACACAGAGAACGAGAACAAUGCUCUAAUGGAAUUUCUUCCCAUAAUGGAGAAUCCUUAAGAAAAAAUCUGAAAGAAGAAGCAAGUGACACUUGUAGCACACAACAAGGAGAUGCUUUUAGUACCCCAACUUUUAAACCGAUUCCAAAUUCAUUUGUUGCUAAAAGAUGUUACAAUUCUACAACACCUCUAUAUAGUCCACUUCCAGAUGCUUUUGGUGAUGUUGUUGAUGAAGACACGUGGUUCAAAAUGAACAAUGGCUUCAUAGCUGACCUUGAUUCAAUUCGUAUGACUCCACCAAAAGAACUUUCAUCCAUAACAUCAUUUGAUAAAAUUCAAUUGCAGGAUUCCUCAAUUGACAAUUACAAAGAAGUUGAAAAUCUUCGAAAGCAAUUGCAACAAGCUAUUGAUGAAAGAAAUGAAUAUGAGAAACAGCAUAAAGAACAAGUAGCAUUGAACAAUCAGUUAAUGGAGGAGAUAUCUAAACUUCAAGAAAUCCCUCAAAAGUUGAGUCAAUCUUUGGGAAACUGCAAAGCUGUAAAUGAGGAAAUGUUCUCUACUUUUAAGGGUUUUGCAGAAGAUGAAAAGUCGGCAACUGCAAACUUGUUUUCUAAAACAAGUGAAUUCGUGAUGUCUCUUAUGUCAGGUUUUGAAGCACAAAUUUAUAUGGCUAUGAAUGGGUUUAGAAAAGCAGAUGAUGAAAAAGGAAGUUCAUAUUCAGAAGAAUACAAGAAGAAAAAUAAGGAUUGCACAUUGGAAACACAAAUUACUUGUUGGAAGAAAGAAAUGAGUGAUGAAAUCAAACUGAUCAAGGAAAGAUACGAAAACCUUGAGGAAGAGUUGGAUACGAAUAACCAGCUUCUAGAAGCUUCUAAAGCAAGAAUUCAUGGUCUUCAAAAGGAAUCUCAAGUUUUAUCAGAAGAAAGAGAUGAUUUACUUGUAACAGUUUCUGAUUCUUGGAAAAGAAAUGCAUGGUUGAAGGAGCAGAAUGAAAAGAUUUUGCAGGAUUUGACAUGUGAGAUUCAAAAAAGGAAAGAUCUUGAAAACGAUAUCAAGCAGUUUAGUGUUGGUUUUGUUUCAAGUAAAAACGAGAGGCGACUUAGGGUUGAGUGGAGAUAUGAGAUGGUGGUGGCGAUUAUGGUGUUGUUGAUGAUUCCACCGACGGUGGUGAUGUUGUUUAUGCUUCCAUGUACAGUUCCUUCCUGA